AUGAAGGUCAAACAGUUCAUCUCCACCAUCAUCACCAUUCUAUUAUUAUUGAACAGAAUAUUUGUCACCUUCUCCGUGCCGGUGGAGCGCGACGCAAACGACGUGUUCGAUACCGUACAAAAGCUGACAUGCAUAAGUUCUAUAAAUCAGGUUUAUGCAUUCUAUUAUGAACCCGAGAACAAAUUCACCUCAUCCGAUGGUUGGUCCAUCUACGAUCCCCUUGUAGAAUUUGAACGGAUGGGAAGAACCGAUGCAUGGCGAUAUUCUACCGUCAAUCGAAGUUAUACCAUUUUGGUGGUUCCCUCAAAGAUUAGCGACAAUGUUUUAAAUCAUGCUUCUAAAUUCAGAAGUAAAAAUCGCGUACCCGCUUUAAGUUACUUGCAUCGGUUUAAUAAGGCGUCGAUCACACGUUCAAGCCAACCGAUGGUCGGUUUCAAACAGAAUCGAUCGAUACAGGACGAAAAACUCAUUGAAGCCGUCUUCAUGUCGAACGUUCCGACCUCAUCAAACGGGCAACCGGUUUACGGGGCAACGGCCACGAAUCUUAUUAUUGAUGCCCGUCCGACUGUAAACGCCAUGGCAAAUGUCGCAGUGGGUGCUGGCACCGAAAAUAUGGAGAAUUAUAAGAAUUGUGAGAAGAAACACAUGGGCAUCGACAACAUACAUGUGAUGAGAGAGAGUCUGGGAAAGUUAAUGGAAGCGAUACAUUCGGCCGAUGUUCAAUGUGUGCCCAUAAAAAGGCAUAAUUUGGAAAAAUCCUAUUGGCUUAGGCACAUCAGUACGCUAUUGGACUCCGCACUCACCAUCAUUAAAAAUGUCCACAUCGCAAAUUCCCACGUGCUCGUGCAUUGCUCGGAUGGUUGGGACCGCACGGCACAAUUGACCUCUAUCUCUGAGUUAUGUUUGGAUCCCUAUUACCGUACCCUGAGGGGAUUUCAAGUCUUGGUGGAAAAGGAUUGGAUAUCCUUUGGCCACAAAUUCAGCGAUCGCUCCGGUCAUCUGUCGAGCGAAAAAUACUUCGUGAACUCGGCAAACACUAACGCUGCCAAUUCUGCAUUCAAUUCAAUGCAAAGCAAGUUUUAUAAGCAAUCCCAUGUCCGUGAAACUUCUCCGAAGGAACGAAUGGAACAUAAUGCAAAAUCACAAACUCAUUCUUUAUGGGAUUAUUUUAAUUCGGAGAAGGAAAGAUUUAUUAAUUGCUCGUAUGAUAAUGGCGCAAAGGAUGUGGAGGAAUUUGGAGAUAUGGGUGUACUAUUUCCUGACGUGAAGAACGUGAAAUAUUGGGCCGGAGUGUUUCGGAAGAGCGAUGAAGAAUUAAAUGGAGCCCCCGAGGAGGUCAGUGACGUGUCUCGGCAUAGGCGGAGGUUAGACAGUCCGGUCUCUCGGUCUGCGUCCCCAACUGUAACUUCAGAUCCGCUCGUGGUUGAAGAUGUUAGCAACGAGUGGAAAGAAGAUUCUCACAUUUCAUCGCCGAUUACAAAAGGAUUAGAAUAUGAUAUAGGGGAUCCGUGGAAGCAGAAUGGAGAUGCUGAAGGAAAAGAACCCGGUGGCCAUGAUGGUACGGGCGCUGGUGGAAGCGCAGUUGAGAUCAAUGUUUUUCACAGUCUCGCAAAAUACACGCUCAAUAUGGGUGCGGCGGCGGUGGCGAAUAUUGCUGGCCGAGUGAAUUCUGAUGCAGAAGGAACAUCCAGCGACAAUAAUAGUGCGAACGGAAGCGGAAGUGGCAAUGUGACUCCUGCAGAGAUUGCCGAUGACAGCGGAAGUAACAUGAGCAGUGCACCCGGUACUCCAAAAAUGCGUGAGAUGAUAUCAUUCCCUCCAAGUGAUCUAUCUGAAAAUAGCAUCAGUAGUACAUCGUCGUCUUCUUCGAAUUCAACAAAACCAUGGCACACAUUUUCUUCAUUUCCCUCAUCGUUCUUAUCACGGAACGUCAAAAAUUCAUCUUCAAGAACCAGCUCGAGUCCACCGUUACAAUCGCUGUUCCGAUCGAACAGCGCAUCAAACUAUGAGAGAAUAGACUCGACUUCCACGGUAUCAUCAAAAACGCCGUCGAAGUCGAGUAGUUUGAACCUGAAACUAAAGCCGAAUUCGAAUGGUAAAUCAAGUUCGCCGUUAUCAACGCCGCCAAUAUCUUCGUCGCCCGUGACACCUGACCGAUUGAAAGAGCUACCACAUCCGUUGUACAACGAUCCACUUUAA